AAGUUUUAUAUGAAAACUUUAUAUAAUUCAUAUAAGAAUCAUGGAGACACCUAUAGUUAAGUUGUCAGACGAAGAGCUUAAAACGGUGUAUGAACCUUCUGAGGAUUCAUAUCUUUUGAUAGAUGCUUUAGAGGCAGAUCUAGAGGUUUUAGAGGCGAUAAAGCCUGUGAUCUGUUUAGAGAUAGGUAGUGGUUCUGGCGUAGUUAUCACAGCUCUAGCAAUGGCGUUAAAAAGGUAUCAUAGCUCUCACUUUAUCGCAGUUGAUAUAAAUCCUGAUGCAUGUAGGGCCACGAGGAGAACUAGUCUAGACAAUUCCGUCGUUGUAAAUGUCCUCCAGAUGAAUCUGUUGGAUUGUAUGCGGAUAAGAGGUCAGAUUGAUGUUAUUUUAUUCAAUCCGCCAUAUGUAGCUACAGAGUAUGAAGAAGUGUUGGAUGACAGACUCGUGUUUAAGACUUGGGCUGGUGGUAAACAUGGUAGACAAGUUAUGGAACAGGUAUUCAGCACUAUUCCUGAGAUCUUGUCAGAUAUUGGCUUGUUUUACUUAGUCGUGAUCAAAGAGAACGAUCCUGAAUAUAUUCUAAGUGCGUUUCAAAAAUUGAAUAUGUCUGGUAGUAUUAUUCGUGAGAGGAAAAUUAGGGGAGAGCAUUUGUACAUUUUACGUUUUCGUAAAGCCAAGUCGAGCGAGAUAAGCUAACGUUACAUUUUCGUUGUAUCAUCCAUUAGACAUCUUUUGCAUUUUUAACUCUUAAUUUUAAUGAUGAUAAAUUGUAGAUAGGAAGUAUCGCAUUUAUUCGAAUCGUAUUCUUGUAGAUAACUAUAAUGUCAGUUAGAUCGCGUCAUCGUCGUUUAUGAGCGAUUGUUAUGUACUAUAAUUAAUUACAGUUGAUACAAUAGUAAUUUAAUAUAGUUUCCUAUUCGUAUAUGUAUUUCCGUUUUUACUCUCAUAUCUUUAUAAGUUGCAACUUUAACAGGUAAGAAACAGCGAUUGUUUGUUCACGAAGGGGGACGAUUGAGAUGAGACAGCCUUUAGUUUCUUUUUUACAAAUAUCAUAAUUUAUUUUAACGUUCUUAAGAACUACAUUGCUGGUAUCGAAGUAUGUAAUAAAUACCAUAUCGUAUCACGGUAUUCAGUAUUACGCGGAAUGAGCACUAUCGUCGUCCGAGAGGACUGUACGAAUAGUUUGUUAGAUAUAUUCGCAUAUUGAUAUGUAAAAUAUGGCUGCACCCCUGUCCUGCUGACGAAGUAGAACGAAUUUACUAAGUUCGAACAACGUUAACGCGCUGUAUAAGACUUACUUAUAGAGAUAUGUAGAAGCAACGAGUUCAAUAAAAACAGUCGUCGCAGCACGCCAACUGUGGUUGCUCGAAA